AUGGAAGUGCAUAACUUCUUUGGGGCGUCGGACUGCAAGUUCGUCUUCCAGGUGGACUCGCGCAACGAAUGGCUCGGCCUCGACGACGGCGAGUGGCUGGGCAACGUCAUCUGCUCCGAAUAUGACUAUGCUGAGUGCUACAAGGACACAGACAAGACCUUCUAUGCUUGUGAUGACAUGGAUGCCUACAGGACACGCUGGGCCUACUGCACAUGGGAUCACUGGUUCACCAGCUCAGCUGCCAACAGCAGGGUAGCCGCGCUGUCGCGCUUGCAGGCUAUUCGGAUGUUGAAGGCCCAGAACAAGACGAUUCGUACUGGCUUAGAGAAGGACGGGAGUUUGUCGGAGAACUUGAACGGCACAAGGACGAAUGGGACGAUCAACUCCACAUUGAAUUAA